GCCACUCGCCCUGCCGGCCUUCCCAACCGGCCCGCCGGGUGUCCGGGCAGUGCAGGCCCUGCCUGCCUCCUCCAGGGAAUGGUGACACGGCCUAGGGGGGAGCAGGGGCGCUCGCCUUUCCUGCCUCCGGCUUGCUCAUAUGCUGUCCCCUUCUGCGGCCCCGAGGGAUGGAGCUGUCGCUUUCUGCCCGAGGUUCGUGCUGUUCAUGCUCGUCCCAUCUGCGGUUGUUUCCCCUGCAGGUUCUUACAAUGGCUGAGGAUUUGAUAGCAGCGGUUGCCAGCCAGACAAAGAGGCUCAACAGCAGCAGCGAGGUGGUUCAAAGGCUGGAAGAAAACGGGCAUCAAAACAAAAGGUUGAAGAGCGAUGCGGAUGAGGAAGAUGCAGAGGAUCAGAAUAAGAAGUCACCCAAAAGGAAGAUUGUGCUGUUGAUGGCAUAUUCAGGGAAAGGCUACCAUGGCAUGCAGAGAAAUGUGGGAUCUUCCCAGUUCAAGACAAUUGAAGAUGACCUAGUCUCUGCCCUUGUUCAGUCUGGAUGCAUCCCAGAAAACCACGGGGAAGACAUGAAGAAGAUGUCUUUCCAGCGCUGUGCUCGAACAGAUAAGGGUGUGUCUGCAGCUGGACAGAUUGUGUCACUCAAGGUCAGGCUAAUAGAUGACAUCUUAGAAAAGAUCAAUAAUCAUCUUCCUUCUCACAUCAGAAUUCUGGGCCUGAAGAGAGUCACCGGGGGAUUCAACUCCAAGAACAAAUGUGACGCCAGAACCUACUCUUACAUGCUGCCAACGUUUGCCUUUGCCCAUAAGGACCAUCAGGUGCAGGAAGAGCUUUUUCGGCUGGACACAGAGACCCUUGAAAGGGUCAAUAAACUGCUGGCCUGCUACAAAGGGACACACAACUUCCACAACUUCACAUCACAGAAGGGCCCCAGGGACCCCAGUGCCAAGCGCUACAUCAUGGAGAUGUACUGUGGCGAGCCCUUCGUCAGGGAAAACAUGGAGUUUGCAGUGAUCAAAGUGAAGGGUCAGAGUUUCAUGAUGCACCAGAUCAGGAAGAUGAUUGGGCUGGUGAUAGCAAUUGUGAAAGGUUAUGCUGCUGAGUCCAUCAUGGAACGCAGCUGGGGAGAGGAGAAGGUCGACGUCCCCAAAGCCCCAGGACUUGGGCUGGUUUUGGAGACAGUACACUUUGAAAAAUACAACAGGCGUUUUGGGAAUGAUGGGCUGCAUGAGCCACUGGAGUGGACAGAGGAGGAGGAGAAGAUUGCUGUUUUCAAAGAGCAGUACAUCUAUCCUACCAUUAUCAACACAGAAAGGGAGGAGAAAUCCAUGGCAAACUGGCUUAACACCCUCCCCAUUCAUGACUUCAACUCAUCUGCUGUUGAGAUGCAAACUAACAACAAAAAUUCAAAGAAGAGCAGCGAUAUCGAAGGCAGCGAUGGUUGUGGUGAUGAUUCUGACUGAACCAGCAAGUGGCUGGCCGUGGGACCCUUUGUCUACAAAAAGUGGCCUUUCUAAACCCAAGAAUCCAGUGAAACAGGAGUUUGUGUGCUUGCAGAAUGAGAACUGGAUGCCCAGGAGAAGCUGGGUGGGGAAGACAGUGCAGCAGAAAAAACAGAAGCUUUUUAUACCACUGACUGAUUCACCUGACUGAUAUACUUGAAAACAGUGUAGUGGGAAAGCAGCUUCCUGAAAAAAUCUUGAAAUGCAGGAUAUCCUAAUUGCUAUUUGAAUAAUGUUUUAUAAUGUUUACUUGGAAAAUAGUAUUUUAACUAUGUAUAAUCUCUACGUAAAGAUGGGGCAAAUCAUUUUAAUAUACACUUUUUUUAUUAUGAAGUUGCAACUUCAUGAGCUUUUGAUUUUUUUAACAAUUUACCUUUACUUGAACUGAAUCUCCCAGCUUUUAUUUUUCAUGUCAUCCAUGGUUUUCCUAUGGAAUAACAUGCAUGACCCUGAGAUUAACUCAGUUAUCUACAGUGUGGUGCUAAAAAUGCCCAGGUUGUGGAUUCAAUUCCUUUAUGGGCCAUUCACUUAGAGUUGGACUUGUUGAUGCUUAUGGGUCCCUUCCAACUCAGAAUGCUCUGUGAUUUAGAACCUAUGGGUUAGGAACUCAUUAUCAUGCUGACUGCCAUGAACCCUUUUGGUUUUAAAACAAGUUUCUGUGUUCUCUAGAGCUUUGCAGGUCUGAAAGAAAUGAUUCCUUACUCAGUGAAAGGGCUUCUGUUUGGAAUGUGGACUGAACCAUACAUUCCAAGAUGAGACAUUUUCUGUGGAAGGUGCCAUCCUGCCAGCAUUGCCUUUGUGUGUGGGCAGGUUCAAGGAUAUAAAUCCACAGCUCCAGGAGUACUUGGGCCUUUGCUGCCUGAGGUGUAACCCAGAAAUCCUUUUGAGCCAUCCGCAGGAUCCAGAGUUUAAUUGAUUUGGCAUGUGUGAAAGAAAUGGUGCUGAAUUCUCUGGGCUUCAAUCAGGCUGGGUUUGUGAACUCUUCAAUCCCAUCAGGCUCCUCAGAACAGGGAAUGUAUGCAGUGAUAUGGGAGGCACGUGUCUGAGCACUGCCAUCCUCUGGGAAUCUAUUUUAAUUUUCAGUGUUUUCAGGAAUUCCAUAUCCUGGAGUUCAUGCUCCUUUUUCCCAUCAGUGUUUAACUUCUGGUUCUUGUUUCCAGCUCUCUGGAGGUGGCAGAAGAAAUUACACCCUCCUGCCUUACCAACCUGCAGAACACUAUUGAAAUACUGGAAUAAGACUGCAAGCGUUUGGAUAUUCCCUUGCUUGAGUCUGUGUGGAGUCUUGCUUUCUAAUUACUGAAAAUAAGGAGUCAACUCUUUGUUCCCACAUAUAGUGGGUUUUGGCCAAAGCCUUUAAUUUUAUAGUUCCUUCUGGAAUGAUUCUUCUGGUUUUGAAGGGUUUUUUUUUUUGUUGGUGGCAAUUUGGGGGUAUUUUUUGGGGCACAGCUGUACUUUUAAAAAAUGAUUCCCAUGUUCAUUUUAUCUGGGUUUUCUUUAGAGCUUUUUAUCGUGAAGGUCUUGCUUGAUUUUAUAAGAGCAAGUGUAUAGAAGUGUCCUGGAGAGAGUUUCUGCCUGGAUUUUCAUUUACAUCCCUUCCUGGUCCCUACCCUGCAUUACCUUCCGUCCAAAGCUCCAUUUCCCCAUGCCAUUCAAUCUGAAAAAAAAAAAAUAUCUUUAUCUACUUAUAAUAAAGGCCCCAAAGCUGUGAUAUGUACCACA